CCAAAAGGUUCCCCAAAGAAAAAAAAUUUCAGAGAGCUCCCUUCGAAAUUUCUAAGUUACAAUUGCAAUACACCAUCUACUCUUCCAAACUUUAGCUUUCCCCUUCUUUGAAUUGCCCUAGCUCAUUCAGAUCAGAGAACCCUAAGCCCUCCACGCACGAAGAGACGAUUGCUCCUAACCCUAACCUUGUCUUCAUUGUGCCUCACCCCAACCCACUCUUCAUUGUGCCUCACGAAGAACCCCCUAAUCGCGAUGAAGAAUAUCAUAUCGAAGAACCCUAACCUCUCUUCAUUCUGCACUCCGCGAAGAACGUCGCCGGCGCGCAUGAUGCUUCCGUUGGCAAUCCCUCUUCUGGCACCCGUAACCCUCCUUUGAGCUUCGCGUGAUGGCCCCCUGAACAACCACCCCAGCUCUGUCUCUAUCACCUCCAAUCACCGCUACGGUGCCACUGCACCUUCACCUCCGUCGCCGCGCCUCUCGCCGGACCCACCAGCUCUCCUCCGCUCGCGUCUCACGUCUCCGCCUCCGGCCGCCUGUGUCUUGCUCGCAUCUCUGUCUCUGCUUCGCUCACGAUUCUAUCACGAGCUUGCCUCCACUGUUCAAGCGCUUACUCCCUCUCAUCGCACAAGGCUUCGACGUCUCAAACUUUUUCCCUCAAGUUUCACAUCCAUCUCUUUCUUUGUUGACCUUUAUUUAGGAGCGGAAAUUUAGAAUUAAGAUACAGGGGUUUUAGAAGAUGAAAUCUGUUCCUUUCUUUGUUUAGUUGUGUUCCAUUUUUUCUUGUUUUCUAGCUGUAUUUUGGUUCAGUAUUGUUAUGCUUGCCAUUUGUUUGAUGAAUUUCUUGAGAGAGAUGGAAAAAAGUGGAACUUGAUUUCUGUUUUCCUAUUUCUAAUUCACAAGAUUUACGUAAUUUUCCUCUUGGAUUGCUUAUGAAAUUGGGUGUAAGCAGUUAGUUUUCUCAGAUUGUUAAUGCUGUACAAUUUCUAAACUCUACCAUUUUUCACAGUGGAGGAAAAAAACAUAUGGACGAGGUGGUUAUAAUCCUAUCCUAGGCUUUGAAAAUGAUGUCUACUUCAUUGCCAGCAUACCAUAUACUUCAUUGCGAAGUCUUCUUCCGGGGUUCUAUUCCCUGGUGGCAAUUGCUGAGAGGAAGCGUAGAGAGAAGCUCAGCCAGCGCUUCAUUGCUUUAUCUGCCCUUGUUCCUGCUUGUGGAAGUUUCAAAAGAAAGCAGUUAUAGUUCAGAUGACAGUGAUGAGGAAGAAGAAAAACCUUCUAAAACUCCUCAGAAAAGUCUUGAGAAUGAGGACAUGCUCUAUCUACUUUCUAUUGAUGAUGAUGAAGUGUAGUGCAUUCAAAUACCAUGUUGAUUUUUGGUUAUCACUGCUAGUAUUUAACGGGUUAUGGUGGUUGAUGCUGAGGCAUACACCUAUGAUGAUGAGGUCAUCAAGAAAGCUGAAGCAAUGGAGAAGCCCGAAAAUCCUGAAGAAGAAGCUACUGUGGAAACUACUAGUGCCAUAAAACAUCAUCAAGAAAGCUGAAACAAUGGGGAAGCCCGAAAAUCCUGAAGAAGAAGCUACUGUGGAAACUACCAGAGCCAUAAAAGCUUCUCAGUUGUUGCUAAAUGCCAUUGAAAUCCUGAAGAAUCUGGAUGCUGUACGUCUCUGAGCACAUAGUGGAGGCUGAUGAUUAGUUUGGUGAAUUGGGUGCACAUAUGUGAGGAGGUUGAUCAAAAUUAUUGUUAGAUAGGAUGGCAAAGUUAUUGGAAUUGUAACUCAUGUAUUAGGAAUACAUUGCUUAGUUGUUAUCACUUUGGUUUUUGAUAUUUUGUUAUACUGUCAUGUGAUUAAACAUUUGUUUUGGUGACGAGUUUAUGUAUGUAGGAU